AACACAAACUGUCACUGAGAUAUAACCUACUUUAACCUAAACAUGGUACAAAAAUAAACAAAAAAAAUGAAUUUCAAAAAUAUACUGCGAUUCAAUGGACAAUUGACUAAAAAGUUUAGUACAAAAGCUCAAAUAAAAGUAAUACCUGACGAAGAAGUGAUUUACAAAAUAGAUAACAAAACUAUAAAGCUUCGGGAUCAUCCUGGUAUAAAUAAACCGAGGGCCAUAAUAAUUCCAAAUGCUUUCAUUAAAGCAGUAGUUAAUGUUACACAAGACCAACCAUUGAAUCAACUCAUUGCUAAAAGUAUUGAAUUAAAUAGCCAUUUAAAACAUAAAAAUCCUCCAUUAGAACAUGAAGAACUCAAAAUGAUUGCACGGAAAACGCAGAACAAGGUGUUGUCCCAAUGUCAGAACAUUGAAAUAAACUCUGAGAGUGAUGAAAUGAGGUUCAGGCAAAUUGUGCAAAAUAAAGUAAAUGAUUCAUUAAGAAAAAAGGUUUAUAAUUGGAAACCCGUAAUUUAUGAUGAUUUUAAAGCACUGGUUUAUCUAAUAGGUAGAUCGGCUCCUGAAUAUGGUGUUUUAGUGAGAAUAUUUUCUGAAAUUCAUAGAAGAGAUCAGGAAUUUAAACCUAGGAGCUUUUUCGAUUUUGGCUCUGGUGUUGGAACUGCACUAUGGGCGGCAAAUACGUUUUGGAAUCAACACAUAUUUGAAUAUUUCAAUGUUGAUUCCUCACCUUCAAUGAAUGAUUUAUCUCAAAUUUUGUUACAAGGUGGAAGAGGCAAUAGUGCAUCCUUAAUUAAAGGCAUUUUUUAUAGACAGUUUUUACCAGCAAACAACACUUCUUAUGAUUUGGUAGUUUCUGCUUAUUCACUUAUGGAACUGCCUUCACAAGAGGCCAGGCUAAAAACCAUAUUGAAUCUAUGGAAUAAAACUGAAAAAUAUUUAGUUCUUGUUGAACAAGGUACCAAUGCUGGUUUUAAGGUGAUAAAUGAAGCUAGAGAUUUUAUAUUGCAAAUAGAUACAGAAUCAAGUAAAGGCCAUGUUUUUGCACCAUGCCCUCAUGAUCUGAUUUGUCCACGUUAUACAUUAAAUGACGGUACACCAUGUAAUUUUGAAGUGACAUAUUUCUCUUUGCCAAUAUCUGGAGCAGCAUCUGCAGCUAAAAAGGAACUUUUUUCUUAUGUUGUUCUUAAAAAAGGUAAAAAAGAUGAGUGUGAUCCUCAAUGGCCAAGAGUGGUUCGUUCUCCUUUGAUACGAUCAAAACAUACAAUUUGUAGGAUGUGCACUUCAGAAGGCAAAUUAUCUGAAGUCAUCUUCACUGCUUCAAAACACGGAAAAACAACAUAUCAAUGUGCAAGAGCUACCAGUUGGGGUGAUUUAGUUCCUAUUAAAUUACAAACCAUUGACGCGGAUAAUAAUGUUGAAGAUAUUAAUAAAAUAGAUUAGUUUUUUGUUACAAUUGUUUUUAUCUUUGUGUUUUAUUAAACAUUUAUUUUAUUUUCCA